AUGGAGAAACGGCUCCGGAGGGUAGUUGUAGGCGGGAAGACACGGCGUCUCCAGUCGGGACGUGUCGGUGCCUCAUGCCUGCAACGUGAGCCGCGUCGCGGCGGUUGGGUCUGCCGGUAUCGGUGGGCACCCGGGAAGCUUCCUCCGCAGUCACGGCUGGUCGCGAGGCGACGGGCAUCCCGGCCCCUCGAGACCGCCAACCGCGCCGCCUCGUCGCGACCCGCGACCCUUUUCCAUGCCCGGACGAGCUCCUCCGGUGUGGUCUAG